CAUAUCCACCACGAAGCUAUCAGUGUUCCAUCGCAAAUCAAUCCUUUCAUCAAUGACGAAACAUGCCGACAAUUCUCUGCCACCCUUAUCAAAGUCAUAGCCGAGGAUAUAACACCGUGCGACUGCAGGCUAGCAGCAAAUGAGUGGGAAGGUGAUGAGUAUCCGAUCUUCGAGGCUAUCCCUGUUGGCCAACGAGGGUCGAAGGAACUACAUGUGUCUCUCGCCGAACCGAGCUGGUUCAACCGGGCGAGGCUAUGGUGUCAGGCGUUGCUAGUGUUGUCAUACUUUUUAGUGGCUGGGCAAGAGUAA